AUGAACAGCUCUAUGGCUCAACUAGUCCGGUACGCGGGAGGCUACGAACCCCAAGAUUCCAAGGAGUGGAAGGUGAUCAUCCCAGCCUUUUUAGGAGUGAUCUGCCUAGCUGGCUUUGCAGGGAAUGCAUGCGUGAUUGGGAUCCUACUGUACAACUCAAAGAAAGGGAAACCAUCCAUGAUCCACUCCUUGAUCCUUAAUCUCAGCUUGGCAGACCUGCUCCUUGUCCUCUUUGUUGUGCCCUUCAGGGCAGCUGCUUACUCAAAAGGAUCCUGGUACCUGGGUUGGUUCCUUUGCAAAACCUCUGAUUGGUUCCGACAUGUUUGUAUGACAGCGAAGAGCUUGACCAUCGCUGUAGUAGCCAAGACAUGCUUUAUGUAUGCAAAUAACCCAGCUAAACAGGUCAACAUUAAGUGGCACACCAUCUGUGCUGUCCUCUUGGCUAUUUGGCUGGUGGCCUUGGGAACUCCACUGCCCUUGUGCUUCUUCAGCAACCUCUUAGAGCCAGAGGUAGGCUCUGCUUUAUGCAUCAUGAUGAUUCCAGACCAGGCUCAUGAGUUUAUGUCAGUUUUUGUCAAGCUCUAUCCCCUGCUGGUAUUUUGUGCUCCCCUCGCCUUUGCUUUCUUUUAUUUCUGGAGAGCUUACGGCAGAUGCCAGCGGAGGGGGACUAAGACGCAAAACCUAAGGAAUCAGAUCAGAUCCAGGUGCCUCACUAUGAUGCUUCUAAGCGUUACGAUCACCUCUGCAUUGAUGUGGCUGCCGGACUGGGUAUCUUGGUUGUGGUUCUGGCACCUGAAUAAGGAUGGGCCUGCUCCCCCACAAGGAUUCAUGGCCACCACCCAAGUCUUGAUGUUUGCCAUCUCUUCAGCCAACCCUCUUAUCUUUGUACUUAUGUCUGAAGAAUUCAGAGAGGGUUUCAAAGGUUUGUGGAAAAGGCUUACACUGAAAAAACCUCUGCCUGCUCCAGAAUGUCAAGAGGAAACAGCAGCUGAUAACUUGGAGAAUCUCCCCGAUUCUGUUCCAUCACCGGAGUCUGUGGCUUCUGAUCAAGAGACAGAGCCCCCAUCUGUACUCCAUACCACAGAAAGCAUGGAAAUCAAGAAAGAGAUGCCAGUUUUGCCAGAUGUUGAGCAAUUUUGGCAUGACAGAGAAGCAGUCCCUGAUGCUCAAAACAAUGACCCUAUUCCUUGGGAACAUGAAGAACAAGAGACAGUAGGUAGUGAUCAAUAA